GUAAAAUAAAGUACAGCAUGGUGAAUGAUGUUUAUGACUGAAAUCUGGGAAGUGCAGGAAAUGUGUGGAUUAAACAAAAACCAGUGAUGAGCAUCAGAAAAUGCUAUGACAUUAAUACGAGGAUUAUAGGCAUACUAUAUUUAACAACACCUGUAGCCUGACUAACCCAGAAGGCUGUGCUGAUAUACAGCAAGUCAUAAUUCAAUUCGUAUAUGCAGCCAAGCAGAGCUGCGAUGGCACAUGCCACCACCACAGCCUUGCCAGUAUCAGCAAUAUUAAAUAAGCCAUUCCCACUGAAUCCAUACCAACACUUCCCACCUACCAUCUACCCAAAAUGGUCAGAAUCAGAGACAGCGAUAGCUUUUUCAAAGCCUUCUUCAAAGUCCUCGGAGCCACUAUUGGUGUUGUGUUCAGGAUUGCCCUUCCAUGCGUUUUGGGAUUGGUUUUAUCCUUUUUCAUCAUAGGAUGCGUUAUAUCAUGCUUUCAAUAUUUGAUCAAGCGCACCAAAAAAGAGAUACCUGAGAAUGCAGACCCGGAAAGAGGCACAGAAGAUGGCAGCCCUCCAAUGGAUGAGCAGACGAGAGUCCAGAUUGAGAUGGAUAUCUUGAAUGAGAUGCUGAAAGCACGACGUGAGAGGACGGAGAAGCUAGUUGAGAAUUGAGAAGAGUUUAAAUGUUGCAAUGUAGACAGCGUUAGUUUAUGGUUGAGAUGGAUCAUGGAGGCUGGAACUUGCACAGAAGCUGAAUAGUCACUAUACUUGACCUUGGAUAUCUAUAUUUCUGUAUUUUAACAGUAAAAUUAUAUCAGGACACACCGAUGAGUCA